AAAAUAGUCUCUUCUCAGCUUCACUUUUCUCUCUGUAGAAUUGGGGGUUCUGUGCCUUCUGGGCUCACUCAAACACAGGCACACAGAGAGAGAAAACACUAUUCUCACCUGGCGGUGAGAUUCGGCGGGGUCACCGGCGCAAGCCUAAGAAUGAGAGUGAAAGGCGGAGGGAGGAAGAGGAGCUGGGAAGCAAUGCCUCUUGACGACGGCGGCGGAUGUCUUCUUUUCGAAGACACCGCGGACCCAAACUCCGCCGUUUUUUCUGUACCGGAGCACCAGGACACUGAGCCGGAGCCGCAAAUCGAGCCGGAGAGCCAGAACCAGGAGGAGGCUGAGGGCGUGGAGGGAGAAGACGGUGACGGCGAGGGAGAGGGCGAGGGGGAGGACGGUGACGGCGAGGAAGGGGAAGAAGGUGAGGCGGAGGCUGAGGGGGAGGAGGAUGAGAAUAAGGAGCGGAGUACUAAGCUUGAUGAAGGCUUCUAUGAAAUCGAAGCCAUUCGCAGGAAAAGGGUUCGAAAGGGUCAGCUGCAGUAUCUCAUCAAAUGGCGUGGCUGGCCAGAGACAGCCAAUACAUGGGAACCCUUGGAGAAUCUCCAGUCUGUCUCUGAUGUUAUAGAUGCAUUUGAAGAAAGCUUGCGUACUGGAAAGCAACGGAAGCGCAAGCGCAAGUCUGGAACUCCACAUACUCAACCUAAGAAGAAGCAGCAGCGGUCUUCAGACACUCCAUACAAUGAGACAGAUGGGGAAAUAAGCAUGGUUGAUAAAGCUUUAUCGUCUAGUGCUCCCAACGGCACAGGGGUUGAUGGUAUUCCUCCCCCUCAACAGUCCUUCCAUUCAGUUGGUGAUGGAGAGAAUAAUGGGCAUGUCAACCAUACUGAAACAUCAAAGAAAACUGAUUCUGAGAAUUUUUGUGCAAAUGUUUCCCACCAAAUUAGUGAAAGGAGAGAGGAAAAUGAGUAUGAUCCAAAACUUAGUGAGCUCAAAGCAACAGUAUCUACUAACAAUGUCAGUUUGGAUAAACUUUCUGUACAUUUCCAAGAAGCCAAAGCUCCAGAAGUUAAUGGCCCGACAAAUGGUCUUUCCAAGGUUGAUUGUGGUGAGCCAGUACAGGGUAGUCGCAGUACUGGAGCUAAGAGAAGGAAGUCUGGUUCUGUGAAGAGGUUUAAACAAGAGCCACACUUGUCUGAACUGGGUGCUACACAAAAUGCACCAACUCGUGUUAGCACGAGAUAUGCUGGUAGAGUUGAUCAAACUGGGUUAGGAAAUCUUGAUUAUGCUGGGGAAAAUUCAGGUCGCAGGAAUAAGAUUGAUGAAUUCAAAGAAGCAGUGCGCAUCACCAAGAUUCUCAAGCCAAUGGGCUAUUCAACUUCGAUAUCAAACAAUAUCCGGGACGUGUCUGUAACCUUUAUGGCCAUGAGGUCUGAUGGCACAGAAGUGAUAGUGGAUAACAAAUUUCUCAAGGUCAAUCAUCCACUUCUGCUGAUUAAUUUCUAUGAGCAACAUCUCCGGUACAGUCCUGCAGAGUAAUUCAAGGUGUAAAUGGAGAGUGCAACCUUAGCUUAGCUAGAUGUUUAUCAUCUUUAUCGUCAGCUGCACAGUGUUGGAUUCUUGUAGUUGCUGGGGAGAGUGCAUAACUGGCAUAGAUGGUGAACUAAGUUAUAUACCAGUAGCUUAAUCAUCUGUCAUUUGUCUUUCUCGUCUUUUUACUGGGUGGUCUGGAUAGAUAAUAUGGAGAUAAGUAAGAGAAGACAUAUAUCUUUUUAUCUACAUAUUUUGUUAAUGUAUUGAAUCUUUAACAUGAAAUGAACACGUGUUUCAUUUGCUC